AUGAAGCCUUUUGGUAAAAAUGUUCUAACUACAGAGAGAAGAGAAUAUAAUUAUGGAUUAUCACGAGCAAGAAGAGUAAUUGAAAAUGUUUUUGGAAUAAUGACUCGUCGUUUUCGAAUUUUUAAUACGGCCAUUAAUUUGAGUAUACAACGAAUCGAUCUUGUUGUCCUAACGUGUUGUAUUCUCCAUAAUUUUUUGAGGAGGUCGGGAUCUAAUUAUUCAGACUAUGAAUUAUUUGCUAUUGACGACAGUACUGUGGAAGAAAAUAUACCAGUACAAGGUAUCAUUCCAUUAAAUGUAAUUAAUGGCAAUAUUAGCAAUGAUGCAAAAUUUGUAAGAGAAGAAUAUGUACAAUAUUUUAAUGGUGAAGGUGCUGUUAGUUGGCAAAAUGAGAGAGCAUUCAUUUAG